GUCAGCUGACUGUCGGCUGCACAGGGAGGGAGCAGCGGGCGACAUCUUGGAUUCAUGAGUGAGCGGUGACCGCAGCCUGGAACAUCAAAUCCGGUCAAUAACACCGAGCUUCGGUCAGAACCGAGCACAUCUGUGUCCGCCAAGCCGGUUUUGGUCGGGAGGGACAUCCAGAGACAAACACGGAGGGUUUUCCAGCAUGGCCUGUGAACACUGAGUUUAACCGCCACCAUGAUUGGAGGACUCUUCAUCUACAACCACAAGGGCGAGGUGCUGAUCUCCCGUGUUUACCGCGAUGACAUUGGGAGGAAUGCAGUGGACGCGUUUCGCGUAAACGUGAUCCACGCGCGGCAGCAGGUUCGCUCACCUGUCACCAACAUCGCCCGCACCAGCUUCUUCCAUGUCAAGCGCUCUAACAUCUGGCUGGCUGCCGUCACCAAGCAGAAUGUCAAUGCUGCCAUGGUCUUCGAGUUCCUCUACAAGAUGUGUGAUGUCAUGACCGCGUAUUUCGGCAAGAUCAGCGAGGAGAACAUCAAGAACAACUUUGUAUUGAUCUACGAGCUCCUAGAUGAGAUCCUGGAUUUUGGCUACCCACAAAACUCUGAGACUGGAGCCUUGAAGACCUUCAUUACUCAACAGGGUAUUAAGAGCCAGCAUCAUACAAAAGAGGAGCAGUCUCAGAUUACCAGUCAGGUCACAGGGCAGAUCGGCUGGAGACGCGAGGGCAUCAAAUAUCGCCGCAACGAGCUCUUCCUGGAUGUACUGGAAAGUGUGAACUUGCUAAUGUCACCGCAGGGUCAGGUGUUGAGUGCACACGUGUCGGGCCGUGUGGUCAUGAAGAGUUACCUGAGCGGGAUGCCAGAGUGCAAGUUUGGCAUGAACGACAAGAUUGUCAUCGACAAGCAGGGCAAAGGUGGCACUACUGAUGACACUGGCAAGAGUGAGUUGGGAGGCAGUGGGAAACAGUCCAUUGCGAUCGAUGACUGCACGUUCCACCAGUGUGUCCGUCUCAGCAAGUUUGACUCGGAGCGGAGUAUUAGCUUUAUUCCCCCUGACGGAGAGUAUGAGCUCAUGAGGUACCGCACAACUAAAGACAUCAUCCUUCCAUUCCGCGUCAUCCCACUGGUCCGUGAAGUGGGCCGCACCAAGCUGGAGGUCAAGGUGGUGAUCAAAUCCAACUUCAAACCCUCCCUGUUAGCACAGAAGAUAGAGGUGCGCAUUCCUACUCCACUCAACACCAGCGGGGUUCAGGUCAUCUGUAUGAAGGGGAAAGCCAAGUACAAAGCCAGCGAGAACGCCAUUGUGUGGAAGAUCAAGCGAAUGGCUGGUAUGAAGGAGUCUCAGAUCAGCGCUGAGAUCGAGCUGCUACCCACUAAUGACAAAAAGAAGUGGGCUCGACCACCCAUCUCCAUGAACUUUGAGGUACCCUUUGCUCCAUCAGGGCUGAAAGUGCGCUACCUGAAGGUCUUCGAGCCGAAGCUGAACUACAGCGACCAUGAUGUCAUCAAAUGGGUGCGUUACAUCGGCCGCAGCGGCAUCUAUGAGACCCGCUGCUAACAGAAGCCCCUCGGUGAGGAGGAGGGAGAGACGGCGAGCAGAUAUUCAUAGUCUCGCUCUCCCUUCCUCAGCGCUUUACACGGGACUCUGUUCACAGCCAAAACAUCAACAAAGGGAAUCCAAAACAAUACCCAUCAAAACAAGAACAAAACACAUGAGGUGAAGUUCAUCUGCACUUAUAAAAAUGACGUUAAUCAUCAUGUACCCCUAAAGAAGUUCACUUAUUAUGAGAUGAGAUGUAACCCCCCCCCCUCCACUCGGUUCUCCUUUAUUCCACAACAUGCAUUCCAGACCCCCAGUCCCCAUUGAAGCCCAGCUCAUGUGGGGCUCUGGCCUCUUUUUAUCCGGUGAUUAUCACUGAACUUGUGUUCCUGCUCGCAGGCGCUAUCAAUGUGGACAUUUCCCACUCUAAUCCCCGCCAAAUCUGGAGAUCAUAUUAAAAUAACCUUCAUGCUUCAUUUUCGUAGUGGCGUAUUAGUUGGGUAUCGUCCACGUUCUUGUUCUCAGUGAAUUAGUGUAAACGUUAAGCCAACAAAAACCCCAUGGGUACAAGUUUUACAUAUGCAGAUGUUACAUUUUCGAUUUAAUUUCUAAAAUGAUUUCUCAAUGUGACCAAAAGGAGGUGCGAGGGUGGUUGACUUAAAGCAACAAAUUGUACUAGUGCUUAUGUCCAGUUGUCUGUGUGCGUAUACGCUGCUAUCUACACCGUAACAAAACAAUAACACGGAGUCCAGCUUUCAUUUGGUGUCAUAUAGUGACUGGUUUGUGUGUGCGUGUGUAUGUGUGUGAGAGUCCGGGGUCCCCAACAUCUCUCAGGGACAUUGCAUUUGUGUGCUUAACCUUCGUUCAGUGACUCUCAUGGUCGUUUACCACUUUGUUUACUUGACUGAAGUUUACCGCUUGAGUUUGUCAAGUGCACCGAGUCCGUCUUUUGCUUGGGUCAAAUCUCUCCCUGCAUUUCAACAUUCCUCUUGAGAUUAGUUUUGUGGAGCAAAUGCAACUUCAAAAAGGCGCAUUUCACUAAAUACAUAAGAGGAGAGGGGGCUGGAAUAUUAGGGAGUCCCUCUGAUUGUUCCCAGGGAUGAUUUCUAAACCUCUUUCCUUGCUCCUGAUCUAAGGCAGGAGAUUUUGGAGAUGUCAAAACAUAAAAGCAGGUCUUCCUUUAAGGUCUUGAACACUGCACUGGUUCCUUUCAUGUGUGUAUAAACUCUGCCAAAUAGCCAGAGGAUUUAUCCUAAUGCAAAGGCGUUUUAGUUAAGCGACGCACCGUUUAGGAAAUGACCUUGCUGUUGAUGAGAAUUCUGCCCUCUACACUUGUGUGAUCUACAUUCUGCUACAGCCAACACUACAGACUCGACCCUGCAGGUUUAAAUGAGCUUCUUGUUGAUCGUUUGUGGUCGGACCUCAGUGUGUAGCUGCUCUGAGAGAUGAUGUGGCUCCGUUUACAGCGUAUUGUCUUCAUUUGGUAACUUUGUGACUUUCGUCUUGAUCCUAAUAAAAUGUGUAAUCAAUUACUCU